AUUUAGUUGUCAAUUGCUUGUUGUGUCCGUUUUUAUCAAUUUUUAUAUAUUUCUGUUUCUAAUGAAUUUUAUUGAUCAUUGAAUUGAAUUCAUUCGAAUUAAAAGAAACUACUAAAAUACACAUUAUUAUUUUUGGUACAUUUAUAGUUUAACUCGACUUAUCUACUUGUAGGUGAAUAAAUAUCAAGUAUGGCUGAUGGGACACAAAUACUUAGACGAAACCAGCCCGGUUCCAGGGCAAAGGAUUUCUGUCGCUGGCCCGAUGAACCAUUUGAGGAAAUGGACAGUACCUUGGCUGUACAGCAAUUUAUUCAACAAACUAUUCGACGUGAUCCUGCUAAUUUGGAAGCCAUUCUAAAGAUGCCGGAGGCCCAAGACGAAGGCGUAUGGAAAUAUGAACACUUGAGGCAAUUUUGUAUGGAGUUGAAUGGACUUGCAGUUAGAUUACAGAGUGAAUGUAAACCAGAAACUUGUACACAAAUGACUGCAACAGAACAGUGGAUUUUCCUGUGCGCUGCUCAUAAGACACCUAAGGAGUGUCCUGCUAUAGAUUAUACACGGCACACACUGGAUGGUGCUGCAUGUCUACUUAACAGUAACAAAUACUUUCCAAGCAGGGUGAGCAUAAAGGAAUCUUCAGUGGCUAAAUUAGGCUCGGUCUGCAGGAGGGUGUAUAGAAUUUUUUCACAUGCAUACUUCCAUCACCGUGCUAUAUUCGAUGCAUUUGAAAAGGAAACACAUUUGUGCAAGAGAUUUACAUACUUUGUUACAAAGUAUUCAAUAAUUUCAAAGGAAAUUUUAAUACUUCCAAAACUUGAUGAUGAAACACCAAUUACACAAACUGUUGGUGAAUCAGAAGCUUAGAUCUGACUUUACGAUAAAGUAUUUUCUUGAUAAACUAUGAAAUACUUAUUUAAUUAGCAAAAAUAUAUAUAAUCACCUUA